ACAAAUCCAAAUUCCUAGCUCCAUCGACAAUCGACUCCGCCUCCUCACUCGCCCCCCCGCGGCCACUCUUUCGGUGCCCUUACAAGUAUCAUUCCGCAUCCUAGCCCAUGUCUGGUUACUGGUAGGACACCGGCGAGGCGCCUCAUCAGCACGUCUCUCAACGCGCCUCCAUCCCCAGGCACAGCCUCAACCCCCUUACGUAGACCGGUGCCGAACCGCCUCCAGGCUUCCCUAUGGCCGAUCCCAAUAAAGACGACGGCACACGGGGUGCACCCUCUGAUGCUCCUGCACGAAGGCAGCGCGCCCCCACCAUCACAAUCGACACAUCUGCCGUCAAUCAAAACACCCAGGAUAUGGGAGACUCGGUGCCCCUGAGGGACAAUGAGUCUACACCUCAACAGCACCACCGCGACGACCACGCAGAUGUAUCACCACAGACAAUCCAACCGCCGACGGAGCUACGGGCGACGGCAUCCUUCGACAGCAAGGAGAGUCGGCCAACCUCCCCUCACAAUGUCUCUUCACCAACCGCCCAAGUGGGCAACCCUCACAAUUUCCUCUCGGUUCCGGGAGCACCACGAUCAAGAGGCAACUCCCUCGACUCGACUCCGGAGAAUGCCGAAAGCACAUCUAGCGCCACCUACAUGGCCUCUUCUCAAGGCGAGACCCUGCGAGGAGAAGCGAGCACUCACGACAUCCUGAACGACAAGGACGCAUUGAAGCCCGAUCCUGGCACAGAGGAGGAUUUCGAGAGGGAGAACAACAAAUUUGCUUUUACACCCGGUCACCUAGGCAAGAUGGUGAACCCGAAAAGCUUGGCCGCCUUCUACGCUCUGGGAGGCCUCGAUGGCCUGGAAGCUGGUCUUCGCACCGACAGAAAUGCCGGCUUGAGCGUUGAUGAACAGCACCUGGACGGCACCAUAUCAUUCGAUGAGGCGACCACGCAUAGACGAUCCCACGGACCUUCCAAGUCGAACCCAGACAUGGGCGUGAGCCACGCCGCCACCGAACCCAUCCAUCACGGGGACAAUUCAUUCUCAGAUCGCAAGCGCAUCUUCAGCGACAAUCGCUUGCCGGUCCGAAAACCCAAGAGCAUCUUCCAGCUCGCCUGGAUAGCGUACAACGACAAGGUCCUUAUCCUGCUUACCGCCGCCGCCAUCAUCUCGCUUGCGCUUGGUCUGUACCAGACGUUUGGCGCUCAACACGAUCCCGAAGACGGUGCCAAGGUCGAGUGGGUGGAAGGAGUGGCCAUCACCGUAGCCAUCAUCAUUGUAGUCGUUGUUGGCGCUCUCAACGACUGGCAAAAGGAGCGCCAGUUUGUCAAGCUGAAUCGGAAAAAGGAGGAUCGCAGUGUCAAGGUCAUACGGUCAGGCAAGACUCGCGAAAUAUCCGUCUAUGAUGUCUUGGUUGGCGACGUUGUCCACCUGGAGCCCGGAGACAUGGUGCCUGUUGAUGGCGUCCUCAUCCAGGGCCACGGAGUCAAAUGCGACGAAUCCUCUGCUACUGGCGAAUCGGAUUUGAUGAAGAAGAUGCCUGCCGAUGAGGCGUUCCGCGCCAUUGAAAACCACCAGAACCUGAAAAAGGUGGAUCCCUUCAUCAUGUCAGGCGCAAAGGUUUCCGAAGGCGUGGGGACAUUCCUCGUUACCGCCACCGGUGUAAACUCGUUUUAUGGGAAGACAAUGAUGUCUCUGCGCGAAGACAACGAAGUCACGCCUCUACAGUCCAAGCUGAAUGUCCUUGCAGAGUACAUUGCAAAGCUGGGUGGCGCUUCCGCCUUGCUCCUCUUCGUUGUGCUUUUCAUUGAAUUCUUGGUCGGUCUGAGGAAUAGCGACGCGAGUGCAGCCGACAAGGGCCAGAAGUUCCUCGAUAUCCUCAUCGUAGCCAUCACCGUGGUGGUCGUUGCUGUUCCGGAAGGCCUGCCUCUGGCAGUGACGCUGGCGCUGGCUUUCGCUACCACUCGCAUGUUGAAGGACAACAACCUGGUGCGAUUGCUACGAUCUUGCGAGACCAUGGGGAAUGCUACGACAAUCUGUUCGGACAAGACAGGAACCCUCACGACGAACAAAAUGACGGUCGUGGCUGGCACUCUAGGAACUGCUCUGCGCUUCGGAGACCGUAAACUCAAUGAAAGGACGCCGGCCGAGCCUGUCGACGAUGGUGCUAAGGGCAAACAACCAGACUCGCCAGUGGAUAGUUAUGACGAUGUCUCCCCUUCUGAAUUCGUCUCCACUCUUAGCAAGGACGUCAAGGAGGUGCUACGGAGGUCCAUUGUUCUCAACACCACCGCCUUUGAGGGCGAGCAGGGCGGCCCCGACCCAUUUAUUGGCUCAAAGACCGAGACUGCGCUUCUCGGCUUUGCUCGGGACCAUCUUGGUAUGGGCUCACUUAGCACCGAGCGGUCCAACGCGAAUAUUGUCCAGAUUGUGCCCUUCGAUUCCUCGAUCAAGUGCUCGGCUGUUGUAGAGAGGCUAGGUGACGGUCGAUAUAGGCUUUACGUGAAGGGAGCGUCUGAAAUCCUCCUUCGGAAAUGCGAACGUAUCGUCUCCGAUCCGACCAAGGAGCUGGCUGACAUACCCCUCUCCAAGGACCAUCGGGACACGCUCGAAACAGUCAUCACCACCUAUGCCUCUCGCUCUCUUCGAACCAUUGGUCUCGUGUACCGUGAUUUUGAGAGCUGGCCACCGAAGGAAGCCCGGAAGGCCGAGGAUGACCCGUCACAAGCCGUCUUCGAAGACGUAUUCAGGAACAUGACAUCCCUAGCCAUUGUCGGCAUCCAGGAUCCCCUCCGUGAGGGUGUUCGGCAGGCCGUGAAGGAUUGCCAAAAUGCUGGAGUGUUUGUUCGCAUGGUUACGGGCGAUAACGUCAUGACCGCCAAGGCUAUCUCCGAAGAUUGCGGUAUUCUGGUUCCUGGGGGCCUUGUUUUGGAAGGACCUGCCUUCAGAAAACUGUCGAAGCGGGAAAUGGAUGCCGUCAUUCCCAAGCUCUGCGUGCUCGCUCGUUCCAGUCCGGAGGACAAGCGCAGGCUCGUCAAACGCCUCAAGGAGCUUGGCGAGACUGUGGCCGUUACGGGAGACGGUACCAACGAUGCGCCUGCCCUCAAAACCGCAGACGUAGGUUUCUCCAUGGGCAUCGCCGGAACAGAAGUUGCAAAGGAGGCGUCCGCCAUCAUUCUCAUGGACGACAACUUCGCUUCCAUCGUCAAGGCUCUCCUCUGGGGCCGAGCAGUCAACGAUGCUGUCAAGAAGUUCCUCCAGUUCCAGAUCACCGUCAACAUCACCGCCGUCAUCCUCACCUUUGUCACCGCAGUUAGCAGUGGCGACCAGUCGUCUGUGCUCAAGGCUGUGCAACUGCUCUGGGUGAACCUUAUCAUGGACACAUUUGCUGCCUUGGCGCUUGCCACGGACCCUCCUACGAGGAGUUUACUGGACAGGAAACCGGAGCCCAAAUCGGCACCACUGAUUACGCUCAGGAUGUGGAAGAUGAUCAUCGGACAGUCCAUCUAUCAGCUAGUAGUCACUUUCAUCAUCUUCUAUGCCGGAGAGGACAUCCUCUCCUAUCACUCGGAGCGCGAGAGGGCCAUGAUGCCAACGUUUGUGUUCAACACAUUCGUCUGGAUGCAAAUCUUCAACGCUCUCAACAAUCGCCGUCUGGACAACCGUUUCAACAUCUUCGAAGGAAUCACGCACAACCUCUUCUUCGCCAUCAUCUUCCUGAUCAUGGUUGGUGGACAAACCAUGAUUGUCUUCGUUGGUGGCUCCGCAUUCUCCGUCACCCGGAUCAAUGGCCCAUUGUGGGGCUACUCCAUAGCACUGGGAGCCCUGUCCCUUGUGGUUGGUGCUAUCAUCCGUCUCAUUCCCGAUGAACUGGUCGCACGUUGCAUUCCCGAAUUCAUGAAGAGGAAGCGUACUCCGGAAUUGGUGGUCUCCGACGACUUCCAAUGGAACCAAGGCCUCCUUGAGGUUCGUGAGGAACUCGCCUUCAUCAAGAAGGUGCGCGGCGGGCGUCUUAGCAACCUCAAGUUCAAGGUGCAGCAUCCUCGCGAGAUAUUCUCCAGGUCCCGGUCCAGCUAUUCGCUCCCCGGUACACCGAGUAACGGCGCGGCUGAUGGAGAGGGAGUCUCGGCGCCCCCAACUCCCGAUUCCAGGAGCAGACGCCGUGGACGCUCCCGAUCCAACUCGGCCUUCGGCCCAGCUACCGUGAUGGCUGGCAUCGUGGCUGGCAGCGUCGCGGGCUGGUCACCGAUUGAUCCGGGAGGCGAGGACAAUCAGUCUUUAAAGUUUGCCCGCACCGGCAAACGCUCCGACCUGGAAGCCCAAGAGGGUAUCGAAGUGCAUCCCGCGACCAAGUCGUCCGACCCGAUCCUUGCGCCCGAUCCAUCAGAAUACCGUGGACCCCCAAGCCAGAACCCGGAAACGACUCCGGAUUUCGCGGUCGGUCCAUUUGCGGGAGACUCGUCGGCGAAGUCGGAAGGAAAGUCGUCCGCGUAGUCGGCAUCUGUUGGCCCCGCCCCCAAAUAGAUGUACAUUUCCUUCGGUCUUUUUUUUUCUUCCUUCCUGUACAGUAUCAUAUUCGUAUACUUUUCCAUUCCUAGCGGCCUGCACCAUUGCAUUUACUUGGCGCAUUGGGCGUUGGAAAAGAAACAGGGUGGCUUUUCUGUGGGUUGCCGGUUGCCGGUUACUGGCCUUUGGCUCUC